AGCGCGUGAAAAGGGAAUAAUCCGGAAGUAGCAUCGGCAGCAAUGGGGGAAAACAAACCGCGCCAUCGCACUAGGUUCAGGCAACAUGGCUGCGAAUAAAAGAAGGUUCACGAUCGAAGACAAAAGACGGAUUCUUGAGCUGUAUGACCAGCUUCCUCUGAUGAGCCAAAGAAAGGCUGCGAAACGACUGAACGUGACUCCGUCUAUGCUUUGGAAUAUUAUCCAUAACAGGAACUGCAUAAUAAAAGGCGAGAUCAUUAAACGUAAAAAGAACAAGUGGUUAGGAUGUGGCAGGUCACCAAGACUCGAGGCAAACAUCUGGAAAUGGAUCGAUCAGAUGCAGCAAAACGGAGCCCCUGUUACUGAUCUAAUGAUUCACCGUAAAGCGAUGGACAUUGCUGGGCGAAUGGGGAUAGUUAGCUUCAGACCGAGUCCCACGUGGUACAGCGGGUUUAAGAAACGAGAGGCGAUCGUGCGUGAGAGGUAUCACAUCUAUCGGGCAUCUGAUCGCAACAAUCUGCCUGAUGAACAGCUCGGAUCUGAGAACAAACCUAUCCCUGCAUCUCCAAACGCUGGUGUUGAGCCUCCUCCGGAACACAGCACUCAUGACACUCUGGGAAAAAGUGCUACUGUGAACGAAACCGAACAGAACAAACAGCUUCAGGUCCAAAACAACCCUACAGCCCUGAUGGGCAAAGUAAACGGACAGAUGCAGACAGUUACUGUUCCUUCACUGCACCAAAUGCAGGAAGCUAUGAAGACUUUAGCCACUGGUUUGUUAUACCGAGGCUUUAGUGACUUUAAUCUCCUCCAUCAGUUUGAGAGAGAAGUUUCAAACGUUGUGAAGAGAUCAAUGGCACAAGGAUGUCAGGACAGUUUUGUAGCCUGAGUGCUGGGUCACUUAAUAUUGUUUUGUCUUCUGCAAUGUUCAAGUGCACUAUUUAUACCCUGUGCCUUCUGUGGUGUAUUAUUUGGCUACUAUCGUGUUGAAGUGCACUGUGGGAUUACACCAACACACUGGAUAACCUUCACAAUGUUUGGAAAGACAGACUCACGUGUACUAUGUAGUAAAUAGGGUUUGGAAAUACAAGGAAACACGUUGCCUAGUUUGGCUGCUUCACUACUGUUUGCUGUUAUUUACAGUGAUGGAACAUUGAACGUCUACUUGUGUAUAUGAUGGUUAAUGUUUAAAACAUCGUAGGCACGCUGCUGCCAAAAAAAGCCUAUAUUAGGUAGAUUUCACUAAUGGAAAAAUUUUGUUUAACUGUUUAUGGACAAAACACCACACUGCUGUUAUAAAGCUACAUUCUGUCAUUGUCUGACAUUGGUAUGAUACCGUGAAUGAUAGGCUUGCUUUUAUCCAUAGAUGUUUCCUGGUCCUGUCCUACAUGUGUUUUAAGUGUUUUCAAUCCAGAUCCAGUUAACCCAUCCUAAUCAACAGCCCUUCCUGUUUUGAAAUGGGUCUGUUGGAGAAGGAAGUGCGAUUAAAAAAAAAUGUGUAGGAUACAGGGUUGGGAAACUGUGCUGUUGGUCAUUGUGUAUAUUAAUGAUCAGAGACCUUAUUUUUUUUUAUAACUCAGCCUCUCAUUGAAAUUAUAAUAGUCAGGUCCUUGUUCUGGUGAAUGUGGUUUGGAAAACUUGGGCAUUCAGCAUCAAUUUGAUUGUAGGCUGAUGUUUCCUUGUUUGCAGGUUCAGUUAUCAGUUUAUUACUCUUUUUCAGUCAUGGUUUUCAAUUUGUACUUUGCAAAAUAUCUUCAUUUUUUUCCAAUGGAGAAAUAUCAAACCAUCUGUAAAGCAGCUUUAGACCACUGUCUUUAGACCAUUUAGAUGUAUUUUAAUUGUGUUGUAUGGAUUUUUUUUUUUUUAUUAUUCUUUUUUUUUUAGCUUUCUCUUAUGUGGCCACAAAGGGGCGCUGCUUCUCAUGUAAUUUUGUGUCUGUAAUCUCACCCAUGUGGAAACUACAUAAACAUGUUGAUAAACUGUGGCGUGUUGGUUAUGGUGGUAGACUUUUUAUUUAUUUAUUUUUUUAAUUCUUGUUCAUUCAUUAACGUACACAUAUUUAUUCAGAUAUUGAAAUCCUUUUUUAUACAAGAAGAACAAAAAAGGAACCUGUUUUAAAGCUUAAAUGUGUAAAUAUUGAGUUGGAAAUUGUACACAUUUUGGAGUUACAGUACUGACAGUACAACAUAUUCCUGUUCAUUGCUUUGACUUUUCAUAAACUUUUUAUUUCAACGUUUGAGUUUUCCUACUUUAUUACACUGAGAAGUUUUGCGAAUCAUAAAGACAUAGAUGUUCAGAAAGUCUGAACAAUAUGAUUUGCUGGAGAACUCGGUGAUAAUGAGAGUUUGAUCAGCGUGUUAAACGUGUACAGUGAAUAUUUGUGAGAUUUGAUGCAACUGCAGUAGUUAGAACAGGGGAUGCUUGAAGUGUAAUGCUUUCUCCAAGUUCAAACUCAUAUCAUGUUUUUUUUUUUUUAAUGUCUCAUAUUGCAGACGCUGGCAGUUUCGGGUGUAUAUUUAGAUCAUUCAUAUA